GACAAACGCUCAAACACACAGAUACCCACACCCCUUCUAACUAGCAUAACAGAGGCGGCAGUACUGUCGCUAUAACACAUUUUGCAAUAUUUCUUGAGAGCUGUGUGGCGUUCAUUAUAUUUCUGUUUUUCUUUCGUUUUGGAAACUUUAUUAAAAGAAAAUUCUACUUCGUGAUACGUCAAGACAUGCAGUCGUCGGACUCAACAGACCUCGUUGGGUGUCGCUGACCAUUUCUCUCAAGGAAGUAAACUCGCUGCCCGUCCUCAAAUGGCCAGAUUUUUUCAGCAACUGCGACUUCUGCUUUGGAAAAACGCCUUGAGCGUUUAUAGGCAGCCUGUCUGGUCUCUGGCUUUGAUAAUAUGGCCCCUUAUAAUCUUCAUUAUCUUGGCCAUAACCCGAUCCAAAUUCCCUCCAGUAUUGAAAAACGCAUGCUAUGUGGCCCCCCGGAACCUUCCCAGUGCGGGAUUCUUCCCCUUUCUGCAGACUCUGCUGUGCAGCACCGAUAGUGUGUGCGCCAACAAAUCCUAUGAACCAGUGAGUCCGAUGAACCGCAUGUUUGGAAAUUCUGAGGCUUCUUUGAGGGAUUCACUUCUGCCAUUCAGGUCCCUGCACCUGGACAGUUCUCAGAAAGGAGGUCUAGUUCGUUCUGCCCUGAAAGAAUUCUCUGACAAGUCACAGAUUGUGAACAUAUGGGAUAACAUCAUAAAUUCCAGCCAGGAAGAUCCAUUAAAUUUCACGUGGACAAUCAUGAAUGUCAUUAACAACACCGUUUUGACAAAUCAGGAGGUGCUAAUGAAGGACUCUGUCAACAUCCUAAAGAAAUCUCUUUGUACUGUAGUCCUGUCUACCCUCAAUUCAUCAUACCAAAGUUCUUCGGAUCCCUUCUCCUUUGCUUUGAUAUCCUUCUGUAAUUCCAGUGACACACUUCUGGAAGCAUUCCUGCAAACUCUGAACCAGGUGGCAGCCAAUCUGCUCCUCACCAAACCUAUGUUGCUGCUGGAGGCCAUUGGUGGGGGAGUACUGGCAUUUGAACAAAUCCAGUCAGACAGUUUAAUCUGGGAUGCCCUUCUGGGCCUGCCUGAGCUUUUCAUUCCUUCCAGUGCAGAAGACAAACUGCAGGAGGUGACCAUGCUGCUGAGCAGCAUUAAGAGGACUGCAAACACCAUCCAAGGAAACAUCCCCCAAAUUAACAUUCCUGUUUCCAUGAUGAACAUGUCCAUAGAUGCUGUUACCAACAUCUUACAGUACAUCCAGAAUUGGUCUAGCAAAGGUGCUGAUGUACCCCUUAGUGAUGGCUUCAGCAUGGUCAAUACGGAAAGUGCUCUAAUCCAAAAGCUGCUGCAUCCGUGGAACAGUGAAGCAGCUUCUACUGACAUAACAUUUACCACAGAGCUGUUAAACAACCUGCUGCAGAUCUACAGCUGGAGUGUUCAGAAUUCCACCGUAAAUCCAGAGAGCAGCAGUCAGCUUUAUGGGGGCCAGGAGGAGAAAAAGCUUCUUGGCUUGAUAUCAACACUGAAAAUGCUGGAGGGGCUCCCAGGCUUGUCGUCUUUGAACACCUUCCUCACAGGCAGUCACAUCUCUAUGGAUUUGGCCAUACAAAUUUUGGACACCCUGAGAGAGCAAAUGGAUUUCCUGGUGAGUGAGGCCCGUGGCAUUCAGCAGGUGUUUGGGCCUGUCCUGCCGAAUGAGUUCCAGGGAAAUACUUGGCUGUCGGGACUCCCAAAGGCCAUAGUGAAGACCAUUGAGAAGGGAUCCCUAAAUUGUAGUGAUCUCAUCAAUCAGUGGUCCUCACAGUCCAGUCUGCCUUCAGGGGAUCCCCUCAUGUGGGAGUUAGUCUUUUGCAACAGGUCCUACCUGCCAAAUACUCUGCUUGCCCAGUGGAUGCCAGUGGUGGAGAAAGGAACCAGGUUUUUGGAAUUGUUCCAGACCCCUGAGGAGAAUGUCAUCAAUGUCACAACCAUCCUGUCAGACUGGAAAAAUCUCAACAGCAGCUAUGAGCAAUUUUCUGCAUCUUUGAAUCAACUGUACGAUGCAAUGAAUGAGCACAACUGGGCAUCCUGGAUUCAAGGGAACAACACAGUAAACUGGCUGACAAUGUUCUUAAGGAGCACCAAUACUUUUGAGAUGGUGGGAUCUGAGUUGCAGAAAAACCCCACAUGGUCAGUGGAGACAUACGUCUACAUUGUCCAUUGGAUUAUGACUUUCCAACCCAAUAUUACUGCACCUCCAAAUUGCACUGUUGAGAGAACUACUGGUGUCCCCGUCUGCCAAAGCAAUUUUACUUGGGAGGAGGUUCUUCCACUAACUUCGUCUCUGAUGGAGCUCUACAGUAACCCUGAAGCACUUUUGAGAUUUGUGCAGGGUUCUGUGGCAUUCCUUGAUGCAGUCUAUGGAGAUUUUGCUAUGCAGUCCUUGGAACAACUUUCUAGCAAUAUGUCUCCUGAAAGCCCCCUGCAAAGUCUGAUCAAGUUACUUGAUCUCUACUUGAAAAUAUUAUCAGACAUCCCCUCUAUAAAGCAACUGGACAGCCAACCAUCCCUGUCCAUCCUAGAGAAGGUUCUGGAUACCUUGUGUUUGAAGCCCCUCAGUUUAAUUUGGACACAAAGUUUUGACAAUACCUCCUUCUUCAUGAACAAUGUUGUACAGGCUUUUAUGAACAACAGCUACAUGUUUUCCCCAUUUUUUCAAAAUCUGAAUCAGGUCAGUGCAUCUUUUAUGGAACUAGAUAAUCUGAUUGUUCAGUGGUUAAAUGUAGAUGGUAAUCUUUCUCGUCCCUUGUCCUUUAGUAUUAGCAACGCUCUUCUUAACCACUCUGCUUUACUGAAUGCUUCUCAUAUAUCCUACCUACAACAGAUUCUCAAGCAUUUAAACAAUGAUAAUGAAAGGGAUGUACUUGAGCUUGUUAUCAAAGCCACAGAGGUGCUGAAUCAGGCAACUGAGACCUCACAUAAUGCUUCAUCCUUGAUACUGGCAUACCUGUGGCAGGUUCAGAAUUUCUUAGCCUCUUCUCUGCAGGUAAACGGCAAUGAGUCAUUUUUCAUGCUUGAUGUGCUAAAGAACAUUUCACAAAUGUUAGACCUUCAUCCAGCUGCCCUGGAGAUCUGUCAGUUAAAUUCCACAGCAUUCCUUCAGGAUCUACACCAAAUUGGAAACGUCAGUAUCCUGGAUGCCGUUCUCUGGCAAGUGAUGGCAUUAUUACCAGAAGAGUUUCGCUACAGCAACGGAGAACUGAUAAAUCGUACCCAUAGCCUACUCAGAGGACUAACAUUAUGCAAAACCAGCAGCCAAGACUGUGCAGCUGAUGUCAGCAAAGUUUUCCUGUUCUUGGAGCAGGCUGCUGAAAUGCUGCAACAAAGUAAUAACAUCACCAAUGGACUGAUGACUGUCAAUACCAACCUUACAUUUGGAAGAAACCUAACUUUCCCUCUAGUUGUGGACCUUCUUGCACUCCUUUCUCCAUUGAUCAAUAGCACCAAUGUGUCCUUGACUUCAGAAGCUAUACAGAGGGUCCUGUACUUCCUCAAUGAAAUUCCACCCACACUCAACAUCAGUCUGUCCUCCCUGCAGUAUGGUCUUCAGAUGUCCAAUUUAAGCCUGGACGACCUAGUCUUUGUUGCAAAGUUAGCAGGAUCCUCUACUGCUCAGAUGGUGUUAACAAAUCUAAGUAGUGCAAUUGAUGCUCAGGGUUGUUUCAGCCUAAAUAAUUCAACAUUGCAGCUAGUGAACUCGACUGAGCCCCAUUGUUUGUUCAAGCUGAUUAAGGAGGCAACAUGUUUUUUUCAAGACAUACCCCUUAAUGAGGACAUGAAGAGGCUAUGUAUGGAAAUGAAUAACCUUACACAAUUUUGGCAAAAACAGCAUGGAGGAAGCUGUAAUAUGACCCAUUUUACCUAUUAUGAUCACCUUAUGUCUUCUUCCAGUGACCUGUCAGUUAUUCUGGACAAGAUCCAUGAGAAUUUGCAGAAUUAUAGCUUGGAGUCCUGGAACGAAGUCACAACUGCUAUCCAUGUUCUUAAAAAUAUCAUCCAGUCAUUUGUUAAUGGGACACAUCCUUUCCCCUCCAUCAACUCUACUCUUCCUAACCAGCCAGAGUAUGUUCCAGAAGUGUAUAUGGACAUUGCAUUGUGGUACCUGAGGAAGCUUGAGAAUAUUACUUAUACCGGAGAUGUUUCUGGCCUUCUUUACCCCUUAUUCAGAAUGACGGAAAUGCAGUUGGCUACCUCCCUUGCAGAAUCACAGUUCAUGACAUCUAUUGUGCAUGGAGCCGUAAAUUUGACCCAGUCCAUACAUAUUCCCUUAAGCGAGUCAGACUUACGAGACAUUAAGAAUUAUGUCAUUUCUGUUCUCUAUGAAGAGCUAAAGGUAACAAAAUAUGUGGCUGAACUGCACAUGAAUUUCUCCUUGGCCAUGGGAUAUAAUACAUCAGAUGUCAAUUUACAGAUGUUUGAGACCCAGAUAGAGAAGUAUCUUCAUAUCACAGAGGAUUUUCUGAAGGAUCCCCACCUGAUAUCCAUUAUGGCUGAAAUCCUCCAACAGAAUGCAAGCUCUCCUGACCUUAUGAACAUGGACAGUAUUUGGCUUUAUGACAUAGCACAUCUUUUACCAGAAUCCCAAUUUCAUUAUCUUUCAAUAGUUGGACAAGUAUCCCAGGCCCUUAAACAUGCACUUUUAAUAGCUACUCAAGAAGAUGGGGUCCAGAAUGUGAACUUCACUACAGCCUUAAUGGAGGCAUUUAGCAUUGUCAUAGGGAACCUGAGCACAGACCAAUGGCCUCUCCCAGACAUCGUGACCAGUGAUGCCAUAGAUGUUAUAUAUGAGGCCCUGCAACUUGUGUUGCAUCCUAACAUGAGCUAUACAGAGAAACUGAACCUCACCUUGGACAUCCUUUUGAAGGGGGAAAGCCUGAUCAAGGUGAUUGCCCCCAAUGAGUCCUUGCCAAUACUCCUGCCGAUGACACAGGCCCUUAUCAACUACAUGGAGACCAUCAUUCAGCUUGGUGGACAAGACAAUUGGAAUCAGAUAUUUGUCCAAGGUUCUGUGGCAUUCCUUGACGCAAUCUAUGCAGCUUUUGCUAUGCAGUCCAUGGGACAACUUCCUUAUAAUAUGUCUCCUGAGAGCCUCCUGCAAACUCUUGUCACGUCACUGGAGCGGAACAAGACAAUAUUAUUAGACAUCCUCUCUAUAGAGCAACUGGACAGCCAACCAUCCCUGUCCAUCCUAGAGAAGGUUCUGGAUACCUUGUGUUUGAAGCCCCUCAGUUUAAUUUGGACACAAAGUUUUGACAAUACCUCCUUCUUCAUGAACAAUGUUGUACAGGCUUUUAUGAACAACAGCUACAUGUUUUCCCCAUUUUUUCAAAAUCUGAAUCAGACCAGUGCAUCUUUUAUGGAACUAGAUAAUCUGAUUGUUCAGUGGUUAAAUGUAGAUGGUAAUCUUUCUCGUCCCUUGUCCUUUAGUAUUAGCAACGCUCUUCUUAACCACUCUGCUUUACUGAAUGCUUCUCAUAUAUCCUACCUACAACACAUUCUCGAGCAUUUAAACAAUGAUAAUGAAAGGGAUGUACUCGAGCUUGUUAUCAAAGCCACAGAGGUGCUGAAUCAGGCAACUGAGACCUCACAUAAUGCUUCAUCCUUGAUACUGGCAUACCUGUGGCAGGUUCAGAAUUUCUUAGCCUCUUCUCUGCAGGUAAACGGCAAUGAGUCAUUUUUCAUGCUUGAUGUGCUAAAGAACAUUUCACAAAUGUUAGACCUUCAUCCAGCUGCCCUGGAGAUCUGUCAGUUAAAUUCCUUGGCAUUCCUUCAGGAUCUACAUCAAAUUGGAAACGUCAGUAUCCUGGAUGCUGUUCUCUGGCAAGUGAUAGCAUUAUUACCAGAAGAGUUUCGCUACAGCAACGAAGAACUGAUAAAUCGUACCCAUAGCCUACUCAGAGGACUAACAUUAUGCAAAACCAGCAGCCAAGACUGUGCAGCUGAUGUCAGCAAAGUUUUCCUGUUCUUGGAGCAGGCUGCUGAAAUGCUGCAACAAAGUAAUAACAUCACCAAUGGACUGAUGACUGUCAAUACCAACCUUACAUUUGGAAGAAACCUAACUUUCCCUCUAGUUGUGGACCUUCUUGCACUCCUUUCUCCAUUGAUCAAUAGCACCAAUGUGUCCUUGACUUCAGAAGCUAUACAGAGGGUCCUGUACUUCCUCAAUGAAAUUCCACCCACACUCAACAUCAGUCUGUCCUCCCUGCAGUAUGGUCUUCAGAUGUCCAAUUUAAGCCUGGACGACCUAGUCUUUGUUGCAAAGUUAGCAGGAUCCUCUACUGCUCAGAUGGUGUUAACAAAUCUAAGUAGUGCAAUUGAUGCUCAGGGUUGUUUCAGCCUAAAUAAUUCAACAUUGCAGCUAGUGAACUCGACUGAGCCCCAUUGUUUGUUCAAGCUGAUUAAGGAGGCAACAUGUUUUUUUCAAGGCAUACCCCUUAAUGAGGACAUGAAGAGGCUAUGUAUGGAAAUGAAUAACCUUACACAAUUUUGGCAAAAACAGCAUGGAGGAAGCUGUAAUAUGACCCAUUUUACCUAUUAUGAUCACCUUAUGUCUUCUUCCAGUGACCUGUCAGUUAUUCUGGACAAGAUCCAUGAGAAUUUGCAGAAUUAUAGCUUGGAGUCCUGGAACGAAGUCACAACUGCUAUCCAUGUUCUUAAAAAUAUCAUCCAGUCAUUUUUUAAUGGGACACAUCCUUUCCCCUCCAUCAACUCUACUCUUCCUAACCAGCCAGAGUAUGUUCCAGAAGUGUAUAUGGACAUUGCAUUGUGGUACCUGAGGAAGCUUGAGAAUAUUACUUAUACCGGAGAUGUUUCUGGCCUUCUUUACCCCUUAUUCAGAAUGACGGAAAUGCAGUUGGCUACCUCCCUUGCAGAAUCACAGUUCAUGACAUCUAUUGUGCAUGGAGCCGUAAAUUUGACCCAGUCCAUACAUAUUCCCUUAAGCGAGUCAGACUUACGAGACAUUGAGAAUUAUGUCAUUUCUGUUCUCUAUGAAGAGCUAAAGGUAACAAAAUAUGUGGCUGAACUGCACAUGAAUUUCUCCUUGGCCAUGGGAUAUAAUACAUCAGAUGUCAAUUUACAGAUGUUUGAGACCCAGAUAGAGAAGUAUCUUCAUAUCACAGAGGAUUUUCUGAAGGAUCCCCACCUGAUAUCCAUUAUGGCUGAAAUCCUCCAACAGAAUGCAAGCUCUCCUGACCUUAUGAACAUGGACAGUAUUUGGCUUUAUGACAUAGCACAUCUUUUACCAGAAUCCCAAUUUCAUUAUCUUUCAAUAGUUGGACAAGUAUCCCAGGCCCUUAAACAUGUACUUUUAAUAGCUACUCAAGAAGAUGGGGUCCAGAAUGUGAACUUCACUAGAGCCUUAAUGGAGGCAUUUAGCAUUGUCAUAGGGAACCUGAGCACAGACCAAUGGCCUCUCCCAGACAUCGUGACCAGUGAUGCCAUAGAUGUUAUAUAUGAGGCCCUGCAACUUGUGUUGCAUCCUAACAUGAGCUAUACAGAGAAACUGAACCUCACCUUGGACAUCCUUUUGAAGGGGGAAAGCCUGAUCAAGGUGAUUGCCCCCAAUGAGUCCCUGCCAAUACUCCUGCCGAUGACACAGGCCCUUAUCACCUACAUGGAGACCAUCAUUCAGCUUGGUGGACAAGACAAUUGGAAUCAGAUCAUCACUGAUCAACUGCAACAAUUCUUACCUCUGAAUACCACCUCUGGUGAUAUGACAGAGAUCAUCAGGGGAAUCCUAGACCCCAGUCAAGGUUCCUUAGAUGAAAUUCUGCAAGCCGUCGAUAUGAAUAACCUUUCUGAAAUAUAUUACAAGGUUCAGGAAAUUGGGGCUGUCCUAUUCCCUGGUAGACAGGUUUUGGCCCUGUCAGAGUCCAUGCCAGCCCUACUGCAGAUCAUAAUUGGACAGGCAGACAACUCUACUUGGGAAUGGGUUGAGAAGAUGUUGGAAGCCCUUUUCAGCAGUGAGUUUUCAGCUUUGGAGAAUACAACAUCAAAUGGUCUAAUUCUAAGGGAACUUGUCGUAGCUAUUGCUCAUGACAUCAGAACAGAGACAGACCUUGUCUACAGGCUUGGUGAACUGUUGGCUAAUUUGACGUCUGUCCAUACAACAAACUCAAGUAUCUUUGAGGCUGUCCUGAGUACAGUUGAACUGGUACAACAGGCUGCAAAGGAUGGUCUGGUUGUUGAAUGUGCAGAUGUCUUGAAGAUGUGGGAAAUGGCCCUACAGAAAGAAGAGAUAAGUGAACCUAAUCUAGUUAAGUGGUGUAACACCAGCCUGGUCCCACUUAUUGAUAGUUACAUGUCCAAUGGUUCACUGUUUGCGCACCUGAAUAUCACAAAAGCCACAAUGGCAGUGGAUUCUCUGAACAUUACUGCUGCAGAUAUGUUGACCGAACUACAUUCUCUUUACUUCGCCAUACUAAACCACUCUGACAUAAUCAUCCAGCUCCUUGAAAACCUUAGUCAACCCCCCACAUGGCCUGUAGUAUCAAACAUUACUGGAGGGAAUGUUUCCAUGGAACCAUUCUAUAUGAGCAAUCUACUAAUGCCCAGUUUUAUCAAGCCCCUUUUGGACCAAGCUGCAGAAGAAGCCCCAUGGAUGCAACAGUAUUUGCUGGCACUGGAAAUGACAUUGAACUAUACCCUCCAGCAUGCUCUCCGAUCUAUGAAUGUGACAGUAACUCCAGAUCUAAUUAAAGGUGUUCUUCAAAUAUUCAUGAUUGGAAAUAACUGGACCAAGGAUUCCAUUAUCUCCUUUCUGCAUAUAGCUACAAGUGAAAAUAAUUCUUUGGCUGACAGACUCUCACUCUGCCUCCAGAUGAUUGAGGAUUGGCCUAUGAUAAAUAACCUUACAAAGCCGUAUCUGACUGCAGAGGAAUCUAGGCUGCUUUUUGAGAAGAUGUUGAAUUUAACUGCUUGGUGGAGAUUCUCAAAAACCACUGGAAUGGAAUUUGUGUCAGAUGCGUUAAUGAAAAUAUUUGACAUAGUCAAGCUUUCCAUCACAAUUGAAAGAAAUGUCACUCUGCCAAGUUACUUUGACAUAUAUGUUAAAUUAAUUGACAAUGUCCUCAACAUGAUGAAGCAGUUAAAUUGCCAUGGACCAUGCAAAUCUCAUCCUUUUACCUAUAUUAUCUCCUUCCUUGAAGACCUUGAAGGACAACUUGCAAGUGGACAGACCUUGAGUGAUCUUCUUCCUCAUGCUCAAGUUUUCAGAAAAAGGUCAAAACGUGAUGUUGAGACAGUGUUUCCUGAAGACAUUUUAGGCCUUGCUGACGUAGACUACAAUAACUUACUGAAAGUAUUUUCUAACUUUCCCCGUACUUCAGACAUUAUGCAAACUAUUCAUAUGUUCUUUACAAACUCAGAUUUAGCAGUUAUUUUGAAAGGUGUUUCCAGAGAGAUGACUGGAGAUUCUAGCUUUGAACCGGCAAUCAACAGGGCCCUUGACAUGCUAUCAUCCGUCACAGCUCCAGGAAACUGGGAAAACUAUGCAGAAAUGUUAACGCAAAUUUCCCAACAAGAAAAUAUGGGAAACCUCCUGGACAUGUUUUUGAAAUUAUCUCUGCAAUCAUCUUUUGAAAUAGCCCAAAAUAGUGAUAACAUCAGUUCUGAAAUGUCAGCAGUUAUAAAGGGGUUAAUAGUCUCUUCUGCAUGGCAUGAGCCUCAGAAGAACCUGACUACCUUCCUUGUCUUAUUGGAUCAGACUGUAGCUGCUUUUGCAUCCUUCAUGUCUGCGGAGCAACUGGUGUAUUUCAACUUCUCAACACAGUUAACUAAAGCCUCAACAGUACUUGCCUAUAAUCCCAGAAAUGUGGAAAAAGUUAUUCAGUCUGCCAGCAUAAUCUCUGGCUCUUUCAGCCAACUACCAACCUACCCCAAUGAGGCCCAUAUUUUGAGCGGACAGUCUGCUCAGGAUAUAUAUAGGUUAAUUCUAAACAGCAUUCUUGUUACUCAGAUUUUGGAGAAUCUUACCAUUUCCAACUAUGCUCUGGGAAGCAUGUCUGAAAGAGAACAUUUGGUAAACGAGGUGUUUAAUCAGGUGGUAUCAACUUUUCCAGGGGACCAGAGGAAGUACAUCCUGGAUCUAAAUCCAGUAGUGUUGUCUGCCCUUAAUAAUAUUUCCAACACUUCUGAAAUUCCGCAUUUGUUUGUCAACAUCUCUACAGAAGUAACUGCCUCCCUCCUUACCAUACUGAAUCUGACUCAACCUGCUAAACCUGAAUCUUUGCAUGGUGGCCUUGCUAGUACAUUGUUUGCUAUAUCUGAACUGGUGUCAAGCACUCUUUGGAAUGGCUUAAGGACAGAUUCAUCUUUGAUCCAUCUAUAUGAUGCAUUUCAGUCUUUAAACAGUAUGGCCACCUCAUUGACCUCUGUACUUCCACCACAUGCUAGUCAAUACAUUACAGAAUCUCUACAUGUUUUGGAGACUGAAGCAAUCAUUUUAAAUAAUACUGACAUGGCUGGUCGAAAACAAGGCUUUUUUUCAGCUAUAAUGCCCUCAGUUGAAGCCCUUUUGGUUGGACUACCGUACCCUGUCUCGUCAAUUCCUGGCAUUAACCUCAGUGAUCAAGCGUACAUUUUUAAGAUGAUUCUGCAGCUUUUCUCCUUAGACCAAGGCUCCUUUGGCCUGAAUGACACACACUGGAUUGAAGAGAAUUUACAUAUCUUAAACUCCACUGAAGACCAAAUUGUAAACCACCUGCUAAAUCCUGUUCUCGAAACCAUAUCUACUGAAUUCAGAGAAGCUCUGACACUCAUUCUUCAAAUGGAACAGAUGAUCCCUGGAAUCAGUUGGACAAAUGAAAAUUUUGCUCUUCAACUAGACUACAUACUGGCUAAGGUGUGUGAUUUGGAACAGUUGGGCUUAGUCCAGAAGUUGCUCCAGCACUUGUCGAUCACGCCUGGAAUACUAUGUAAAAUUGGUGCCACUGCUAGCAAUGCCCUCCAGAUGGUCAGGAAGGGCCUGGUGGAAUAUAAUGCUUCCUUCUCUGACUUAAUGUUUGAGACAUUCAUUGGAGAUCCUAACAAAUACCAAAUUAGCAGUAACUGGAUAUCAUAUCUCUCUCAAAGUCUGGGCUUCGAUGUGAGCAGUCUGAGUUUAGACAAUGUGACUGUCACCCCGCAAGCUCCAGUCAAACUGUCCACGUUCUUCAAAAAUAAAACUGCUUUUUCCACGGAGCUACAAAGUUUGACCAGUAUUUCUCCAGAAAUCAUAGAUCUUAUGAUGAACUCAGUGGUACCCAACAACAGCUUACAGGUUCUGAGUUGGCUAACUAACAUGCACUACUGCAGAGACCCAUCAGUUCUGGCGCUCAACCAGAAGGAACUCCCAAUUUUCCACGCGUUAUGUUUGUUAACCCCCCAUGAGUGGUACAACUUUGCAGUUGUGGGAACCCGCUACAUCAGUCUUGAGAACAUUCUGUUUGAGUUCAUGCUACAGAGCCCAUUAAGCUUUCUACUAGCACUACUGAAUUCCUUGAUGCACAUGCUGAGCAAGCUGCUGCCUACUAUUGACAGUCUUGUACAGAAUCUGUUGUCUGUUCGAAACCUCAAUCUUAUGGCUAACUCUGAAUUUCGUGACUUGGUCAUCGGCACACGGGCCAGCAUCUCCAGCCAGGCCACCUUCACCACUCUCUCCAAUGCCUUGUGCACCAAUGGCAUAUUGUCUCUUUUUGGCAUCUCCAACCUGCCCAUUAGCUCCGGCUCAGGUCCCUCCACUCAGGGAGACACCGAAGUUGAGCAGCUCAUCAACAAGUUUAACAUCCCACGUGAUGCCACUCCAUUUUGCAAGAACUUAUUUCUGGACAUGGUGAACACCACAGGGGGGGCUGUGGCUUGGGCCUUCCUCAAGCCCAUGCUUCUGGGACAGGUCCUCUACACCCCUGAUAUACCCCUGACUAGGCAGAUCAUGCAGGAGGCAAAUACCACAUUGCAGCAAUUUGCAGAUUUAAAGUUAUUUUCUCAAGAGUGGCUUGACUCUUCUUCCUAUGUCAUGAAUUCCGCAAAAGUUCUUCAAAAAAAUCUGCCUGUGCUACAGAAUUCCCUCAAUAAUCCUUUUGUCCAAAGAUUCAUUCAGUUUGAGACAAACAUUGACGUCAAUCAGAUGAAGGACAUAUUUAACAAAUUUUCUAACAUCACAGCUCUUCUAAUUCAGAACAAAGCAAUCAUUCAGCAGAUCUCCACCUUAUCAUCAUUAAUGCUGAAUGUCUCCUCCUGCGUGAGGUUUGACCGCUUUCAAGGUUUCAACUCUAGUGAAGAGCUUGACGCACUUGCUGGGAAUCUGACUCAAACCCGUGACCUCUAUGCCAGUAUCAUAUUCAAUUUGCCGAAUGUCACUGCUUCUCCCUCUCGGAAAAAACGGGAUUCCUCCAGCAAUCCCCUUCCCCCCAGAGUGAAAUACACAAUAAGAAUGCCUAUUGACAAUGUCAUGCGCACGGACCGUACCCGCAAUACCUACUGGGUGAAAAGCCCAUACAUCUCGCCAAACCAGAACCAGCUCUACAACAGGGGCUUUGUGUACCUUCAGGAGACCAUAGAGCGCGCAAUCAUUGCGAUGCAAACAGGAACCCAAGUGGAAGAACCCGCAGUGCAGCUACAGGCCUUCCCCUAUCCCUGCUACAUCAAGGACCAGUACCUCAACAGCAUGGCUUUUGCCUUUCCACUGGUCCUCAUGAUUGCUUGGGUCCUCUUUGUCGCCAAUUUUGUCAAGAGGCUGGUUCAUGAGAGGGAACUCCAGCUGCAUGAGUACAUGAAGAUGAUGGGCGUUAACCCAAUCAGCCACUUCUUUGCCUGGUUUUUGGAGAGCGCAGUCUUCUUGCUAGUGACCAUCAUCAUCCUAACCAUCAUCCUGAAGUGUGGGCAGGUGCUGCCCAACAGUGAUGGCUUUUUAUUGUUUCUCUAUCUCUGUGAUUAUGGCCUCGCUAUACUGGCCAUCAGCUAUCUUGUCAGCACAUUCUUUGACAGGACCAACAUUGCUGGACUCAGCGGCAGCCUCAUCUACAUCAUCUGCUUCUUCCCCUAUAUCGUCAUCAUGUCCCUGGAGACUUCGUUUUCCUUCUCAGGAAAAAGUGCACUGAGUCUCUUUGCACCCACCUGCUUCAGUUAUGCCAGCCAAUACAUUACUCGGUAUGAGACCCAGGGAGAAGGGAUCCAGUGGAGUAACUCAUACAUCUCCCCCAUGGAUGACGACACCUCGUCCUUUGGCUGGUUCUGCUGGUUGCUCCUAAUAGAUUCUGUGCUCUACUUCCUUAUAGGCAUAUACAUCCGUUUUGUCUUCCCAGGGAAAUAUGGCAUUGCAGUUCCUUGGUACUUUCCAGUAAUGCCCUCCUUUUGGAUGGACCUAUUUGGAUGUAGUUCAGGGAGAAAAAGAGGUGGACGUGGGUUGCUUUUUGCAAACAUUGCACAAAAUAACCAAGCGGUCUUUCCGGAAGAAAAAUACAAAGGAGAAAGUGGGUUCACAUCCCAGACAGAGGAAGAGUUCUUAGGUCUCCCAGUUGGAGUGAGUCUUCAUGGCCUGACAAAGAUGUAUGGAGACCGAGCUGCUAUCCAGAACCUUAAUGUACGCUUCUAUGAAGGACAUGUCACCACUUUACUUGGCCACAAUGGGGCUGGGAAGACCACAACCAUGUCCCUCCUCACUGGUCUCUUUGGCCCCUCUUCUGGCUCGAUCGAGGUGUAUGGCAAAGAUAUGCAGGGAAGCAUCAAUGAAGUCCGUAAAGAGCUGGGUGUUUGUAUGCAAUAUGACGUCCUCUUUGACCACUUGAGUACCAAGGAGCACCUGUUAUUGUAUGGGCAAAUUAAAGGCCCACAUUGGACACGUCAGGAACUUAAAGAGCAAGUGCGCAAAAUCUUGCAGGAGACUGGGCUGUACAAUCAUCGGCACAAGCGGGUAGGCAGCCUUUCCGGGGGCAUGAAGCGGAAGCUGUCCAUCUCCAUCGCAUUCAUUGGUGGUUCUCGUCUGGUUGUCCUGGACGAGCCAACCACUGGAGUGGACCCCUGCUCCAGACGGAACAUCUGGGACAUCAUCAUCCACCAAAAGAAAGAACGCACCAUCAUCCUGUCUACACACCACCUCGAUGAGGCAGAGGUCCUUAGUGAUCGCAUUGCCUUCCUGGAGCGUGGAGGUCUUAAGUGCUGUGGUUCACCCUUCUACCUCAAAGACAAGCUUGCACAGGGAUAUAAUCUCACCCUCACCAAGAAGGUGCAGGCUAACUCAAAGGAAAAGUUUGACAAUGAGAGAGUGAAAGCCUUUGUCCGGUCUUAUAUCCCAGAGGCCCGUCUAAAGGAGGGAGAAGUUGGCGAUAUGGUGUUUAUGCUCCCUCCUUUCAGUUCCCAAAAUGCGUUGGCCUACCGUACUUUACUUUCCAACCUGGACAGUAACCUGGAUGCAUUGCAGCUUGGAUGCUAUGGUAUUUCUGACACAACUCUAGAAGAGGUUUUCCUCCAGCUGACCAAAGACAACACUCAGGAUGAUGAAGGCAGUUUACAUUCUGCAUCUGAAUCAGUGCUGGACUUGUCUACUAUUAAAGACAGCAUGCCUGAAGAGCUCUCAGUUAACAGCUAUAACUUAGACGACAGACAAACUCUGACUGGCUCCCCAAUAGUCCGAGGUGUUGCCCUAAUUGUCCAGCGGGUGGCAGCAAUGCUGCUGAAACGAGUGCACCACUCACGGCGGGACUGGAAGGGCUUGUUUGCUCAGGUUUUGCUGCCUGUGGUGUUUGUCAUUGCGGCCAUGGGCUUGGGCUCCAUCAAGAGCAACCUGCAGUACUUCCCUGAGUUAGAGCUCUCACCUGCCCUCUAUAGUUCAAGCCAGCAGCAGUACAGUUUCUUCAGCAAUAAGAAUCCUAACUCAAGUUACCUUGUAGACACAAUGUUGUCCUUCCCUGGAAUUGAUAACAGAUGCUUAUCCAAUCCUGCUGACCCGUCAUGUUUAAAAACCAAUACAUAUUGGACUAAUUCCUGGACUACAAGUGGAAAUACAUCAAAUGCUUUGCAGUCAUGCCAAUGUUCCACAACAGGACAGGUCUGUUCCUUCGCCUACUACGCACCCUGUAAAACAGUCCCUUCGUCACAGAUUAUUUACAACUUAACAGGAAUUGACACGGAGAAGUACUUGCUGACUACCACUAACAAAUACGUUCGGGACAGGUAUGGUGGGUGGGACUUCGGCCAGCCACUUCCCACUGGUCUUAAACUGGACAUCAAUAAUGUGCCUCAAAACAGAACUCUGACAAAGGUGUGGUACAAUCCCGAGGGUUACCACACUAUGCCAGCUUACCUCAACAGCCUCAACAACUUCAUUCUCAGGUCCAAUCUCCCAUCAUAUAAGAACCCAGAGCAAUAUGAAAUAUCUGUGUCCAGCUAUCCUUACCCCGGCCAGGUUCUAAAUGAAGAUGUGAUGGUACGGAGUCUGGUCAGCAUCCUGGUGGUCCUUUGUAUUCUUACAGGUUACUCUAUCAUGACAGCAAGCUUUGCCAUCUAUGAGGUCCAAGAACACCAAACUGGAUCCAAGAGGCUACAACACAUCUCUGGCAUUGGAGAGCCCAUGUACUGGACUAUCAAUUUCUUGUAUGAUAUGGCUCUUUACCUGAUCCCUGUGGUACUGUCCAUUGCCAUGGUUGCUGCCUUCCAGCUUCCUGCAUUCACUGCUGGACAGAACCUGGCUGCUGUCACACUGUUACUGCUUCUCUUUGGCUUUGCGACUUUCCCUUGGAUGUAUCUGCUGUCAGGGAUAUUGAAAGAUGCAGAAAUGGCUCUCAUCACUUACAUUUGCAUCAACCUCUUUAUCAGCAUCAAUACCAUCAUUUCCUCCUCUGUAGUAUAUUUCCUGUGGAGUAUGAACAACCAAGCCGAUCCGAGUGUCUAUGCAGUGUAUCAGAUCCUCAGCUACGUCUUCCUCAUCUUCCCCCAAUUCAGCUUUGGUAAUGGGCUUAUGGAUCUGGCACGGAUGGAUAUGCAGGUGCAAAUCCUGAGUGCCUUUGGUGUGGACGCCUACCAAAGCCCCUUACGCAUGGAUAAACUUGGCUGGAACUUCAUCUCCCUAUUCCUGCAAGGCAGUAUUUUCUUUACCCUUCGCUUGCUGCUCAAUACUUCUUUCUUACGUCAUAUUAGAGGACUCAUAUCUACUAAGAAGUCUGUGCCAGACACUAGCUUGAAUGAGGAUGAUGAUGUCGUGGCUGAGUCUGAACGUGUAACCAGUGGAGCAGCAAGUAAUGACUUGCUGCAGAUAAACCACCUGAGCAAGGUCUACCAGCACAUGCGCAAGAAAGUGCAUGCAGUGAAGAGGCUCUCUGUGGGCAUUCCUGCUGGGGAGUGCUUUGGGCUACUGGGGGUGAAUGGAGCAGGGAAGACGACCACCUUUAAGAUGUUGACCGGUGACCUCAACCCAACAGAUGGGACGGCACAGAUCCGUAACUGGGAUGGGAGUAUGGUGGACAUGAUAGACUGCUACAGAAGAGGAAUCCAAAUCGGCUACUGUCCUCAAGUAGAUGCACUGGAUGACCUACUGACAGCUGAGGAGCAUUUGUACUUCUAUGCCUGCAUCCGUGGCAUCGCCAGGAGGGAGAUGGACCAAGAGGUGAACCACCUACUGAGAAGGCUGGAGCUUAACUACCACAAGAAAAAGACCAGUGGCAGCUACAGCUGCGGUACCCGUAGGAAGCUGUCCACCGCUAUAGCCCUCAUUGGUCACCCUCAGAUCCUGCUUCUGGAUGAACCCAGCUCAGGAAUGGAUCCUCGCUCCAAACGCCACCUCUGGAAGGUCAUCUCGGAGGAGGUGAAGGGCAAAUGUGCCGUGGUACUUACCUCACACAGUAUGGAGGAGUGUGAGGCUCUGUGCACACGACUGGCAAUAAUGGUUAAUGGACAAUUCAGAUGCCUGGGCUCCUUGCAGCACAUAAAACACAGAUUUGGCAGUGGAUUCACAGUUAAAAUGUACCUGGCACUGGCCUCCAACAAUGUGGAAUUCAUCACCAACUUCAUGCAGCUCCAUUUCCCCAGCACAUAUCUGAAGGAUCAGCACUCUGCCAUGGUGGAGUACCAUGUGCCAGUUGCCCCUGGAGGUGUGGCUUACAUUUUUGACCAGUUGGAGUCCAACAAGAUCGCCCUACAAAUCAAGCACUUCUCUGUCAGUCAGACCACUCUGGAUGAGGUCUUCAUAAAUUUUGCUCUGGGAAAGGUGGGCAUGGAAUCAAUUCCUAUCCACAGUGAAGGGUCAGAUGCUGACAGCCUGGACUCCACAGAAGAUCUCGAGAAUUAGAGAGGAAAUACCUGUUCACUUUUUUUGUACCUGUCCACUAAGUUAUCAUUACCUUCACACAUUACAGAACAAGGCAUCUAUGAAAUUCAUGAUUUCUUUAAAGCAAUCAUGUUAUUUAUGUUUUACAAAUCAUCUAUGGUGUUUUAUUGUAUUUUAAUUUAGACACAUUGGAAUUUUAUGUAAAAACAGCACUAUUGAUUUAAUGUCACAAUCCACACAUGGAAAUUAGUUGUCACUACAAUAAUGUAAGACUAAUGACUGAACACCUACAUAGUUGUAACCAGUUGCAAGGGGUAUUUUUAAAAUAUAAAUUGUUAAUUAUAUGAUGAAAAUAUUUGGAAAACAUACACUUUUCAUGAAUUUUGCAGUUACACUGUAAGCAUCUUGUUGAUAGUAUAAGCUCAUUAAAGAAAUUCAUUUAAAGAACUCUAAUGAGAAAUGUCACUGAAUAAUAUUAAUUCACUUGUUCAGAAUCAACCUAUCAACUGGCAGAUACAUUUCAAUCAUCCAUCCAUCCAUCCAUUUUCCAAACCGCUUAUCCUACUGGGUCGCGGGGGGUCCGGAGCCUAUCCCGGAGGCAAUGGGCACGAGGCAGGGAACAACCCAGGAUGGGGGGCCAGCCCAUCGCAGGGCACACACACACCAUUCACUCACACAUGCACACCUACGGGCAAUUUAGCAACUCCAAUUAGCCUCAGCAUGUUUUUUGACUGUGGGGGGAAACCGGAGUACCCGGAGGAAACCCCACGACGACAUGUGGAGAACAUGCAAACUCCGCACACAUGUGACCCAGGCGGAGACUCGAACCCGGGUCCCAGAGGCAACAGUGCCACUGCACCAGCAUGCCGCCCCACAUUUCAAUCACAACUCAUAAUUUCUAAGGACUCCAUUAGGUAGAUUUCAGACAGAUUCUUUAAAACACAUGGGACUCCAUAAAUGUAUCGGACUAAGGAUCACAAACAUCCAACAAUUAUAUAUCUUGGACAGAAAGUAUUCAAUAAUUAAAAUGUGAAGAAUAUGUACUUACAGUAUGAAGAGACUAAACAGCAAGCAAGUACUUAAACCAGUCAUACCAUAUAUCAGGAGAUCAAGCUAUAAAGUGUCAUGAGAUAGACCUCCAGAACCCAAAAACUACCUCUACCCUGGCUACCGAAAGACAGGGGACUGAAGAUUAUGACCACGGUCAACAAUAUUGCAACUGUCGACUCAAGCCUGCCAGACCAUGCCAGCCUUCUGCAAUUCCCACUUUCACUCCACCCUGUACUGUGAUAUUCUAAUAAAUGUUGCUUUCCUGGGGUGAGACUCCAAUCCCUUG